AUGGCGAGCGGAAGCAACAUGCAUAAUUUCACCACCCUCAUCAAGCGGCUCGAGGCGGCGACCUCCCGCUUGGAGGAUAUGGCCAUGUCCGUGGAAGAGCCCAACAUCCCCAAGAACCUGAGUGGUACUGCUACUGCGGCACCUGCGACCCCGGAACCUCCCAAGCCCUCUCCACCUCCGCCCGCAGCUCCCGUGGCGCCGCAAAUCCCGCCACAGAUUCAAGAUUUCGAUGCGUUGAUCAAGGGAGAUGUCCAGAACUUCGUGAAGCUGGGUGCAAAGAUCGGUGGCUUGGUAGAAGAGCAGUCCAAGGCCGUUCUGCAAGCAUUUGAGGCUGAGCGUACCUACCUUUUCGUCGCGACCAAGGCCAAGAAGCCCGAACCUCAACCCAUUGAACUCAUGACGGAUCUGCACAAGGCAUCGGACUCCAUCAACAAUAUUCGAGAGUCGAACCGUGCCUCGCCAUUGUUCAACCACUUGAGUGCUGUUGCGGAGGGCAUUGUCGCUCUAGGAUGGUUCUUCGAGACUAAGCCUGCCAGCUUUGUCGAGGAAAUGAUUGGUGGUAUUCAGUAUUACGGCAACAAGGUUCUGAAGGAUUUCAAGGAGAAGGACCGAACACACGUCGAGUACAUGCAAGCCUACUACCAAAACUUCAAGGGCCUCUCUGCCUUCCUGAAGAAGCAUUAUCCCACAGGAUUGACCUGGAACAAUGAGUCCGGCGUUGAUGCCUUGGAGGCGCUCAAGCAGAUCAAGGGUGGCCCUGCCCCAGCCGGCGCUGGCGCCGUUCCUCCACCUCCACCUCCACCUCCCGUCCCAUCUGUGAAUGUUCCCGGUGCCAGUGCCCCUCCACCGCCGCCUCCCCCAGGUGUUCCUCCUCCUCCCCCUGCCCCUGCUGCUCCGGGCGCAGACAUGUCUGCUGUCUUUGAUCAGCUGAAUCAAGGCGAGGCCAUCACCUCUGGUUUGCGCAAGGUCGAUAAGUCGCAGAUGACCCACAAGAAUCCUGGUCUACGUGCCACCUCUACUGUACCCGAGGGUUCCAGCGCUUCUCGGAGCAAGUCACCCGCGCCAAACAAGAAGCCCAAGCCCGAGAGCAUGCGUGCUCGCAAGCCGCCGCGCAAGGAACUGGAAGGUAGCAAGUGGCUGGUGGAGAACUUCGACAGCGCGGAGGAUAUUAUCGAGAUUCCUGCGCAGAAGAACCAAUCUAUCCUCAUCUCGCGCGUCAACAAGUCUAUCAUCAAGAUUCCUAACAAGGCGAAUGCCAUUGCCAUCGACAACUGCACUGGUCUUUCCAUCAUCGUUGAUUCCUUGGUGAGCAGCUUGGACGUCGUCAAGUCGCCCAAGUUCGCUCUGCAGAUCGACGGUGUCGUUCCUACCGUUCUUCUGGACCAGGUUGAUGGCGCUACCAUCUAUCUGGGCCAGCAAAGCCUUGCCACUGAGAUCUUCACCAGCAAGUCUUCGGCCGUCAACAUCAACCUUCCUCCUAAGGAAGGCACCGAUGAUGACACCAAGGAGUGCCCUGUCCCCGAGCAGUUUAAGAGCUACGUCAAGGACGGGGUGCUUGUUUCCGAAAUUGUCGAGCACGCUGGCUAA